AUGUCGGGCAAGAAAAUCAUUGCUGUUAUCGGAGCCACUGGCGCCCAAGGGGGUAGCGUUGUUGAUGUCUUCCUCAAUGACCCUUCCCUGAACCAAGAGUGGACAGUUCGCGCAGUGACUCGAGAUCCAUCUAAAGACAAGGCGAAGAAGUUGAAGGAACGGGGUGUGGACGUGGUUGCUGCUGACUUGAAUGACAAAGCCUCGGUUGUGAAGGCGUUUACUGGAGCCACUGCAGCAUUUGCUGUCACCAACUACUGGGAGAUCAUGAGCAUUGAUACUGAAAUCCAACAGGGUCGGAACCUUGUUGAUGCUGCGAAGGAAUCUGCUGUCUCUCACUUCGUCUGGAGCUCUCUGCCCAAUGUUAAGAAGCUGACGCAUGGGAAACUUGCCCACGUCUAUCAGUUUGACGGCAAGGCUGAGAUUGAGGAAUAUGCUAGACAAGUUGGCAUUCCGGCCACGUUCUUCCUACCGGGGAUGUAUAUGCAGUCUGUUGUUAGUGGUGGUUUUAGACAGACCCCACCUGCAAACGCCUGGGUAUUUGCACUCCCGAUGCCUGAAACUGCACCUAUUCCCUUGUUUGACGUUCAGAACACGGGAAUCUGGGUCAAGGCAAUUGUACGAAAGCGAGACCAGCUGCUGGGAAAGCGGAUACUCGGUGCAACGAAGUAUACGACUCCCAAGGAAGUAGUCGACGGGUUUAAGCAGGCCUUCCCAGAGGCUGGCAAGACAGCCAGCUUCUUCAGUCUGCCGCAUGAAAUGUUCCUACAGGGGGUUAAAGACUCGAUGGGGUUGCCGGAUUGGGCAGCGGAAGGGAUCUUAGAGAUGAUGCGCCUUGUUAGUGAGGGCGGAUACUUUGGUUUUGAGCCGUUGGAAGAGAGUCUUGCGGUGCUGGAGGACAAACCGACCACGUGGGUGGAUUUCCUAAAGAAGAACGAGGCUUUCAAGGAUCUCAAAUAA